AGAGCCCUCUGCAGAGACGUCAUGCAGGAGAAUCAUCAGAAUGUGACCUCGCUGGAGUUUCUGCUUUUCAAACCUGAUGCGAUCUCCCAUCUGAAACAAGAGGAUGAGCCAGGGAUCCCAGAUCUCCAUGAUUCAGAGGAAAGAGAGAUUGUGAGAGGUGCCUGCAUAGGUGAUGGGAUGGUGAGUGAGAACGAGGAGAAGAAACCUCUGCAGGAAGAUGCUGAGCAAGUGGAACCACACAGGGCAUUGCUGCAAAUAUCUCAGGAGGACGUGUCCAGGAGUCAUGAGCAGAGAGAAGGUCGUGAGAGUCAGCACAGGCCAGAGAGGAAGCAGGGAAACAAGCCAAUGGAGAAGACAAAUAGCUCCAUUAAUUAUUGGGGACCUCAUGAGUACCUUGAGGAAACCAUAGCCGAGCACAAAAUCCACACAGCAGAGAGAAAUAACCCAUGCAGUGAGUGUGGGAAAAACUUCAGUAGACGCUCUGACCUUAUUAAACAUCAGAGAAUCCACACAGGGGAGAGACCUUAUGAGUGCUGGGAGUGCAGGAAAACCUUCACUCGCAGCUCAAACCUUAUUGCACAUCAGAGGAUUCACACAGGAGAGAGACCCUAUGAAUGCUGCAAGUGCGGGAAAAGCUUCAUUUGGCGCUCAAGCCUUAUUACACAUGAGAGAAUCCACACAGGGGAGAGACCUUAUGGGUGCUGUGAGUGCGGGAAAAAAUUUAUUGAGAGCUCAAAGCUUAGGAAACAUCAGCGAAUCCACAUGGAAGAGAGCCCCUUUGAAUGCUGCGAGUGCAGGAAAAACUUCACUCAGAGCUCAGAUCUCAUUGCACAUCAGAGGAUCCACACAGGAGAGAGACCCUAUGAGUGCGAUGAAUGCGGGAAAAGCUUCGCUCGGAGCUCAGACCUUAUGCGACAUCAGAGGAUUCACAUGGGAGCCAGACCUUAUGAGUGCUGUGAGUGCGGAAAAAACUUCGCUCGGAGCUCAGACCUGAUUAGACAUCAGAGGGUCCACACAGCCUAGAGACACUGUAGGUGCUCUGAGUGUGGGAAAGCUUGUCUCAGAACCCAGCACUUCCUUCUCAUCAGAGAAUUUGCAAGGGAAAUAAACACCCCAAGAACUUUAUCAAGGGCUGACAUCAGGGUUUGUUUGUUUUUUCUUCACUAGUUUUUGCUAAUUCCCUCUUAAAAGCUCUUUGAACUAGGUGGGUUUCCCAUUUUUCUCUUUUGUAGCUCACCAUUCUUUGGGAUUAAUCCUCUGCUCCAUUCUAUCAACUCCUUUAUUCUGUGUGUCAUGGGAACAUGUCUCCCUAUUAGCUCUGGGGGACAGGGGUGACCUAAACUAGCUCCAUCAAGAUAAAAUUACCUGGCCCUCAUCUCCACUCGGAUUUCCCAUGGCCUUAGCUAGCUUAAUGUAAAACCACAACUAUUCCUGCAGUAAAGACAUAGCCUGUGUAUAGUAGUUGGGGGUGUCUAGCAGGUUUACUCAGAACUUCACCAGUGCUCCAUCAGUUUUCCUUGUCUAAACAACCCCGGAGCAUCUCAUUGCUACUCUUCCUCCCACUGUAAAGUGAUUGUUAGAGUCACCAAGUUCCCCUUUCAGCACAGAUUCCCUCAUUCCCAUUUUUCUCACAUUGCCGUGGAUUGUGCUGAACAUCAGUUAUUUUUGUACCAUUUUCUUACUUAAAAUAUAUUUAAUGAUAACAAAUUCUGUGACACCCAAAGAGUCGGUCCCCAGCCUGUAGCGGUGCAUAGGAUUCUUCCGUCCUAAGUGCAGGGCUCUGCACUUCUCCAUGUUGAACUACUUCAGAUUUCUUUUGGUCCAAUCCUCCAAUUUGUCUAGGUCACUCUGGACCCUAUCCCUCUCCUCUAGUGUAUCUACCUCUCCCCCCAGCUUAGUGUCAUCCACGAACUUGCUACUGGUGCCAUCCCAUCAUCCAGAUAAUUAAUGAAGAUGUUGAACAAAACGGGCCCGAGGACAGACCUCUGGGGCACUUUGCUUGAUACCAGCUGCCAACUAGACAUGGAGCCAUUGAUCACUACUCUUGAGCCCGACGAUCUAGCCAGCUUUCUAUCCACCUUAUAGUCCAUUCAUCCAAUCCAUGCUUUUUUAACUUACUGGCAAGAAUACUGUGGGAGACCGUAUAUCAAGGUAUAUCACAUCCACCACUUUCCUCAUAUCUACAGAGCCAGUUAUAAGAUUUUGCAAUCUUUAGUUGUGUCAUAGGUACCAAUGAAAAAUAAAUUAAACAUGAAUUUAUUGGUUAAAGAGUAAGACGCUAAUGAUGUGCUAGCCUGAAUUUUAUUGGUAAACUGAAGUAUAUGUUUUUGUUACUAAUAUAGGCAAUGGUGGUUAAUGCUGAAAAGUUUAUUUGGGAUAAUUUAUCCCCCUUGGACAGAGGAGUUUUGACAUCAAACCUUCCUCCAAAGCUUGGGGUGGGGAAAGCUUGGGGAAGUAAUGGAACUGAGAAUACAAACUCCAUAGAGAAUUUAAUUAUUGUAUUUCAAAUGGAAUUCAUUUGGAUAAGUGCUAAAGUAAAUGUCUGUAAAGAGGAAAACAACUUAAGGACACAAUUUGUGUGACCUUUUCCCCUAGUUAGAUUUUGAGGAUCAUGGAGUUCCCACCUUCUCUUGUUUGCAAAGGAAAGACGUGAGAUGUGUCAUGAGAUACACACACUUAUUAAUAAAGAUUGUGAUGGAUGCA